AUGGAGAAAAAUAUACCAGAUAUGGAGGAAUAUAUACCAGAUAUGAAGGAAAAUAUACCAGAUAUGAAGGAAAAUAUACCAGAUAUGGUGGAAUAUAUACCAGAUAUGAAGGAAAAUAUACCAGAUAUGGAGGAAAAUAUUCCAGGCAUGAAGGAAAAUAUACCAGGUAUGAAGGUAAAUAUACUGGACACAUGUAUGGAGGAAAAUAUACCAAAUAUGGAGGAAAAUAUACCAGAUAUGAACGAAAAUAUACCAGGUAUGAAGGUAAAUAUACUAGAUAUGGAGGAAAAUAUACCAGGUAUUAAAGAAAAUAUACCAGGUAUGAAGGAAAAUAUACCAGAUAAGGAGGAAAAUAUACCAGAUAUGAAGGAAAAUAUACCAAAUAUGGAGAAAAAUAUACCAGGUAUGAAGGAAUAUAUACCACGUAUGAAAGAAAAUAUACCAGGUAUGGAGGAAAAUAUACUAGAUAAGAAGGAAUAUAUACAACGUAUGUAG